CGCCGCUAACGCCGGCCACCGCCCGGGCUACCGAGUCAGCCUUGCGCGCGAUGCCCAGCCCGUGCUGCUCACCGCGCGCGAAGUCACUAUGCCCGAGCCCGAGCUUCCAACCCUUUCGCCCCUGGAGGCUGUUUAGUGUUUUGCGUUUCACUGGGGCUGGGCCGUUCGGCUUUCCGGGUCUCAUGAGCUGUUUAGCUCACCCGCUGUGAACUGUGGCGCUGCUCUGGAUGGAUUGCUGAUUUGUUAAGCGCUGGCAAGCUGCCAGCUGGAGCUGUCCUGGCCACGGAAGACAAACCGCCCCUGCCCCCCCCCCCCCCCCCGGACGUUGACAGUCUAAAGCCUGGAGGCCCAAUCCUGCCACGCGCCGAGCAAUUCCUGAGAGGCUCCUCCUCGGGAGGCGAGCGAGUUCAGCCCCGCCCAGAAGAUGCUCAGCCCCGGGCGGGCCCUAAAAUCAGGCCUACGUUGGCCACACCGACAUCUAUUUAUAACACUCGCAUCAAAACACUACCCCGGGCCCAGUACCACAGCCCGGCCGCCCUUGCUUCGUAAACGCGGCAGGGAAGUAUCUAAAUCCAAGCCGGACUCGUUUGGCUUGGGAUUUACACAAAGAGCGUGUGGACGCCUUUAAUUCGGUGCCAUUCAGAAGUGGUUUACUGCCCGGAGAAGUUGCGGAAGAUUGCGCCCUGAGGGACGGGAUGAAGGACGCAUUGCCCAGAAUGAGGUUAUUCUGCGGCCGAGGAGCAGAAGGGGCGGCCGGGUGCCUGGCGGAGACGGCUAGCGCAGGGCAGGGCUCCGCGGCGGUACGGGCCGAUCUCAGGGCGUGUGACGGUCAGAGUCCCUAGCCCCCCGCACACGCAGCACAGUCACAGGCGGGUGCUGGGCGCGGGGCCUGCAGCCCAGGAGAAGCCCUUCGGGGUACUUCUGCCAAGCCGCGGGGGAGCGGGCGGGAGUCGUCCGCCGGAGGUUGACCCCCCCCCCCCAUGGGUUCCUUUAAGAGGCGGUGCUAGAGCCGGCGGCGCGGUGCAUUAUGGGAUAGUGGAGGGGAGCUGAGGCCUAGUUGGUAAACACGGAGUCGGGGCCUGUCUUGCGUCGCCUGCGCUCUCCGGGAAAAAGACAAUGGCAUCUGGGACUGUUGAAAUAAUUAACUCUACUCCUGCGGGAGGGUCGAAUGAUGUAAGCUUGGAGGAACCAAAGAAGAUGACAAGAGAAGACUGGAGGAAAAAGAAGGAACUAGAAGAACAGAGAAAGUUGGGUAAUGCUCCAGCUGAAGUGGAUGAGGAAGGAAAAGAUAUCAACCCUCAUAUUCCUCAGUACAUCUCUUCAGUGCCAUGGUACAUAGAUCCUUCAAAAAGACCUACGUUAAAGCACCAGAGACCUCAGCCAGAGAAGCAGAAAGAGUUUACCUCAUCUGUGGAAUGGUACAAACGAGGUGUUCAAGAGAAUGGUGUUACAACUAGGUACCGCAAAGGAGCCUGUGAGAACUGUGGUGCAAUGACACAUACAAAGAAAGACUGCUUGGAGAGACCUAGGAAAGUUGGAGCAAAAUUCACAGGCCUUAAUAUUGCACCAGAUGAACAUAUGCAGCCUACGCUAAUGUUUGAUUAUGAUGGGAAGAGAGAUCGUUGGAAUGGUUAUAACCCGGAAGAGCACAUGAAGAUUGUAGAAGAAUAUUCCAAAGUUGACUUGGCUAAACGUACUCUGAAAGCCCAGAAGUUGCAGGAAGAGUUGGCUUCAGGAAAACUGAUGGAGCAGGUGAACUCCCCAAGACACCACUGGGAAGAGGAGGAAUCAAAUUCACAGACUGAACGAGAUCAUAACAGUGAAGAUGAGGAUGAAGAUAAAUAUGCAGAUGAUAUUGACAUGCCUGGACAGAACUUUGACUCCAAAAGACGUAUUACAGUCCGAAACUUGCGUAUUCGGGAAGACAUUGCUAAAUACUUGAGGAAUCUAGAUCCAAAUUCUGCCUACUAUGAUCCCAAAACGAGAGCAAUGAGGGAAAACCCAUAUGCCAAUGCAGGCAAGAAUCCAGAUGAAGUCGGUUAUGCAGGUGACAACUUUGUUCGUUACACUGGAGAUACCAUUUCAAUGGCACAAACUCAGUUGUUUGCUUGGGAGGCUUAUGACAAAGGCUCCGAAGUUCAUCUUCAAGCAGACCCUACAAAAUUGGAACUCCUGUACAAAUCCUUCAAGGUGAAAAAAGAAGAUUUUAAGGAACAGCAGAAAGAGAGCAUCCUAGAGAAGUAUGGAGGACAAGAACAUCUAGAUGCUCCACCAGCUGAACUGCUGUUAGCCCAGACAGAAGACUAUGUGGAGUAUUCUAGGCAUGGAACAGUCAUCAAAGGACAAGAGAAAGCUAUUGUCCGUUCUAAGUACGAAGAGGAUGUAACUAUCAACAACCACACAUGUAUAUGGGGUUCAUAUUGGAAGGAAGGCAGAUGGGGAUAUAAAUGCUGCCACUCAUUUGUCAAGUAUUCCUAUUGUACAGGAGAAGCUGGGAAAGAAAUCGCUAAUACUGCAUUAGACUUACCAGAGGAAAAACCUACGGAGGAAGAGUAUAUGGCAAAAUCCAAAACGUUGAUGGAGAUAUAUCAAGAAAAACAGAAAGAUGAGAAAAAGAAGAAAAAGAAGAAGCAAAAGAAGAGUCCAAAUUCAGAUAGUGAGGGUGAAGAGAGAAAGAAACAUGAAAAACUGAAAAAGGCAUUAAAUGCAGAAGAGGCUCGUCUCCUCCAGGUUAAAGAAAUCAUGCAGUUAGAUGAGAGGAAGAGGCCAUAUAACAGCAUGUAUGAAACAAGGGAGCCUACAGAAGAGGAAAUGGAGGCUUAUAGAAUGAAACGCCAAAGACCUGAUGAUCCCAUGGCCUCCUUUCUUGGACAGUAAUUAUGUGAAAGACAUUCCAGCAUACAGUUCUUGGCUAUUGUAUAUGAUACUUGGUAAACCAGUAACUGGAGCUUUUCUUUCCACGUUUCUGUAAAAAACUGCACAAGUGCUUUUUCAGAAAUGGCCUGGCUUUUGCCAGGGAAAAGAAGUCUCUGAAUGAAGUAACGGCUGGUGCUAUAAGCAUAGUAGUGCUUUCCUUUUUUUGAAAAGUAUACUUGGUACAGACUUGUACUACUGAAAGGGUAAGUUGAUACCUUCUAAAAUUCAUUGUAACAAGUAACGGGACAGAGGAACCUAUAAAUUCAGGAAAACAAACUGCAUCUAAACCAGUUGGCCAGCAGGUGUCACUUAUGUAAAAAUUGAUGAAUGUAACACAGACUGUCUACACUACACUGUACCGCUGCAGCUGUGCCACUGUAAGAUCUCCUCUGUAGCCGCUCUGUGCACCCUGUGCCAGCAGGAGAAAGCUCUACAGAUGGCAUAACUAAACCACUCCCAACAAGCAGCAGUAGCUAUGUUGACGGGAGGCGCUUUUGUCAGUGAAACUUCUGUUGGUGGGGGGGGGUAUUUUUUUCACACUCCUGACCGACAAAAGCUUUGCUGACAAAAGUGCUUAUGUAGACAAAGCCUUAAAAGUGGUAGGGUUGGAUGACUAAGAUCUUAAGACUUCUCUUAUGUGUGGCUCAGUAGAGGAGAAAGAGUCAUUCUUUAUCAUUUUGGUAAUUUUAGGAAUGCAAAAAUGUGUAAAAGCUGAUGUGAUUUGAUGUACAGACUUCGUUGAAUAUAAUAUAAAUGUUAAUGCUGUCUGGUAACUGGAACUAUUUUACUUUUGUCUUGAAGAGGUUACAAGAAGUUGAUAUACUACACAGAGUUUUGAAAUUCUUCCUGUGUUUUAGCUAAAACAAUGUAGCCUUAUGCAUACACCCCGAUAUGCAAUGCUGAAAUCCAGUGAGAUAAAUUGUAUUUCUCAUGAAA